UCGAUGACAAUCCAGAACAACUUCAAAAGAAAACAACAACAAAAACAAACUCCUCACUGCCACUGAUUAAACCAAAAAAAAAAACCUCAAAAACUUUAAAAAUCUCUCAAAUUCAUCGAAACCCAGGUACCAAAAUGGAGUCAAUCGGCGUUCUAAUGGCCAACCCACCAACCUACACAUACCUAGUAGAAGAAUUAGAGAAACGUUUCACUCUAUACAAGCUUCAAAACGCUUCAGACAAGACCCAGUUCAUCAAUUCCCACAAAAACUCAAUCAAAGCUGUAGUGGGUAAUGCUGGGUUCGGUGCUGACGCUGAAUUGAUUGACCAAUUGCCCAAAUUGGAGAUAGUUUCUAGCUUCAGUGUUGGGCUUGACAAGGUUGAUUUGGCUAAGUGUAAAGAGAAGGGUAUAAGGGUAACUAAUACUCCUGAUGUUUUGACUGAUGAUGUUGCUGAUUUGGCUCUUGGUUUGAUGUUGGCUGUUCUGAGAAGGCUGUGUGAGAGUGAUCGGUAUGUCAGGAGUGGGAAGUGGAAAAAGGGGGAUUUUAAGUUGACUACUAAGUUCACUGGGAAAUCAGUUGGCAUUAUCGGUUUGGGCAGGAUUGGCAUGGCAAUUGCUAAGCGAGCUGAAGCAUUUAGCUGUCCUAUUAGUUACUUUGGUAGAUCAGAGAAAAAAGAUGUAAACUACAAAUACUAUCCAUCCGUCGUUGAGCUGGCUGCCAACUGUCAAAUCCUUGUUGUUGCGUGUGCACUGACAGAAGAAACUCGCCACAUUGUCAAUCGUGAAGUCAUCGAUGCAUUAGGUCCAAAAGGAGUCCUCAUAAACAUCGGUCGAGGUCCUCAUGUCGAUGAGCCUGAACUAGUAUCUGCACUAGUCGAAGGAAGGCUAGGUGGUGCAGGGCUUGAUGUGUUUGAAGAUGAGCCUAACGUACCAGAGCAGCUAUUCGGGCUUGAAAAUGUAGUCAUCCUGCCGCAUGUAGCGAGUGGCACAGUUGAAACGAGAAUGGGCAUGGCAGACCUUGUUGUUGGGAACUUGGAAGCACACUUUUCAAACAAACCUCUGUUAACACCAGUAGUUUGAAUUUGAAAUGAAGAUUUGUGAAUAAGAUUAGAAUGAUGCUUCUUCAUUGGUUCACAAUUAUUUUAGGGAUGGAUCAUUGUUUCCUGAACUUGGCUGGUUUGCCUCCUAGGAAGAAAAUACUAUUCAAGUUGUACGUUUGAAAUUUGCUUCUUGUUUUCAUUUCUUCCUUGCAUCAUGGACAUAAAAUAUUAAAUAAAAAUGUUUGGGUUAUUUGUCAAAA